GGGGAGGAGCCGCCCCCGUCCGUCCCUCCCUCCCUCCACCGGACGCGUCCGACCCGAGGGCCGAGGGGGCGCGGGAUGGGGGACGAGCGGCUGCACUACUACGGGAAGCACGGAACGCCACAGAAGUAUGACCCCACCUUCAAGGGACCCAUUUACAAGAGGGGCUGCACAGAUGUCAUUUGCUGUGUGUUCCUCCUCCUGGCCAUCAUGGGCUACGUGGCUGUAGGCAUCAUAGCCUGGACCCAUGGGGACCCUCGAAAGGUGAUCUACCCCACUGACAGCCGAGGCGAAUUCUGCGGGCAGAAGGGCACAAAAAAUGCGAACAAAUCCUUCCUGUUUUAUUUCAACAUCGUGAAGUGUGCCAGCCCCCUGGUCCUGCUGGAAUUUCAGUGUCCCACCCCCCAGAUCUGUGUGGAGAAAUGUCCCGACCGCUACCUCACCCUCCUGAGCGCUUACGGGUCCCAGGACUUCACCUACUACAAGCAGUUCUGUGUGCCCGGAGUACAGAAGAGCAAGCCUGAUGGUCCCAUCCCCCACUCCGCAGUGGCCCGGAGAUGCUUCCCAGCCAUCCACAUCCACAAGGGGGUCCUCAUGGUGGGCAACGAGACCACGUAUGAGGAUGGGCUUGGUUCUCGGAAAAACAUCACGGAGCUGGUGGAGGGCGCCAAGAAGGCCAACGGGGUCCUGGAGGCGCGGCAGCUGGCCAUGCGGAUCUUUGAAGACUACACGGUCUCCUGGUACUGGAUCAUCAUCGGCCUGGUCAUCGCCAUGGUGAUGAGCCUCCUGUUUAUCAUCCUGCUCCGCUUCGUGGCUGGCAUCAUGGUCUGGGUGAUGAUUGUCAUGGUGAUUCUCGUGCUGGGCUACGGAAUAUUCCACUGCUACAUGGAAUACGCCCGACUGCGUGGUGAGGCUGGCUCCGAUGUCUCCCUGAUGGACCUCGGCUUCCAGACGGACUUCCGCGUCUACCUGCACCUGCGGCAGACCUGGAUGGCCUUUAUGAUAAUUCUGAGCAUCCUGGAGGUAAUUAUCAUCUUACUGCUCAUCUUCCUACGGAAGAGAAUUCUCAUUGCCAUUGCACUCAUCAAAGAGGCCAGCAGGGCCGUGGGAUAUGUCAUGUGCUCCCUGCUGUACCCGCUGGUCACCUUCUUCCUGUUGUGCCUCUGCAUCGCCUACUGGGCUAGCACUGCUGUCUUCCUGUCCACUUCCAACGAAGCCGUCUACAAGAUCUUCAAUGACAGCGCCUGCCCACUUGCUGGGAAAACCUGCAACCCUGAGACUUUCCCCUCCUCCAACGAAUCCCACCUGUGCCCCGGCGCCCACUGCCAGUUCGCCUUCUAUGGCGGGGAGUCGGGCUACCACCGGGCCCUGCUGGGCCUGCAGAUCUUCAAUGUCUUCAUGUUCUUCUGGCUGGCCAACUUCGUGCUGGCCCUGGGCCAGGUCACGCUGGCUGGGGCCUUCGCCUCCUACUACUGGGCCUUCAACAAGCCAGACGACCUGCCUGCCUUCCCGCUCUUCUCCGCCUUCGGCCGGGCGCUCAGGUACCACACAGGCUCCCUGGCCUUUGGCGCCCUCAUUCUGGCCAUUGUGCAGAUCAUCCGAGUGAUGCUGGAGUACUUGGAUCAGCGCCUGAAAGCUGCAGAGAACAGGUUUGCCAAGUUCCUCAUGACCUGUCUUAAAUGCUGCUUCUGGUGUCUGGAGAAGUUUAUCAAAUUCCUCAACCGGAAUGCCUAUAUCAUGAUUGCCAUCUACGGCACCAACUUCUGCACCUCGGCCAGGAACGCCUUCUUCCUGCUCAUGAGAAACAUCAUCAGAGUGGCGGUCCUCGACAAAGUUACCGACUUCCUCUUCCUCUUGGGCAAACUUCUGAUCGUGGGGAGCGUGGGAAUCCUGGCUUUCUUCUUCUUCACCCACCGUAUCAGGAUCGUGCAGGACACAGCACCGCCUCUGAAUUAUUACUGGGUUCCUAUACUGACAGUGAUCGUUGGCUCCUACCUGAUUGCCCAUGGCUUCUUCAGCGUCUAUGGCAUGUGUGUGGACACGUUGUUCCUCUGCUUCUUGGAGGACCUGGAAAGGAAUGAUGGCUCGGCCGAGAGGCCUUACUUCAUGUCUUCCAACCUCAAGAAGCUCUUGAACAAGACCAACAAGUAGCCGGCGGAGUCCUAAAGGCCCCACCCUCCCACGCCUCCCUGGAAAAUCUCACACUGGGUGCUCAGCAGCUGGGUCAGAACCCCCAGCCCACUGGGCUCACCCCAAAUCCUAUCACUGCCGCCCCCAUGCCCCGAUAUCUGGUUACCACCAGUUUCCAGGGACCUAGAGGACCUGGGGCAUCUCCUCCCCAUGCCAAGGGGCAGUCAUAUUUUUCAAGACUGUGCAGGUCAUUCCAGCCUUGGGUGACUGGCCUGCGUGGGAAGAAGUCCACUGAGGCCCCUUGAUGUCUGGCAGGCGAUGGGGCCGACCUCUGUGGGCUGCCCCACGCUUCCUGUCCCCGUCGCGACGGGACAGCAUCUGUGUCGGCUGGAGCGGCGGCUGCAGUAAGCUCCAGCUCCUGAGGGCCCCCGUGACUUGCAUCUACUCCGGCCAGGCCCCAGCCUCUUUUCAUGGCUGAACAACUGGCUCGCGGCUGCCACGGGCAUUUCUGUAUUAUUUUUUUUAACCUGGACGUGCAUUAAAGGGUCUAUGAGCUUUUUCUGUCUGUCUCCGCAGUCGAGGGGGCCGCUGAGGAGCGCCUUCAUGGCUGGCGUGGGACCGUAGGUGCCCAGGUGGGGGUGUCUCCUGGCAUGGGAGGAGAGAGAGAGACUGUUGGGGGAGGCAGACGGGAGCAGGCUGUGCGGACCGCCCAGCGCAGGGGGAGGAGACUGCUAAUGGCUGCUUAAUGGAAACCUGCUGGCUGGCUGGCUGGCUGGAGGAGUCGGCCGAAUUUCUCCCUUCCUCUGCCAGUUAUUGACACAGCUCUCUUUGUAAGAGACAAGAAACUGAAUCCACCCAGGGGAGGAUUUCAGGGGAAGGAGUGGGGAGCAGAUGCCGGCCAGCCCGGGCCCCCCGGCCCAGCCACUUCGCCUUGAGGAUUCUUUUGCCAAACUUGUUGAACUCAGGGUGCCUGGUCUGCCGGGUCCCCCUUCGCCAUAUCCCAACAUCCCCGAGUUCGUUUUUGCUCGUCGGCACCGUUCCACGAUCCCCGAGAGGCAGAAAUGCCAGCCUGGGGUCUGUGUCUCCUGUGCCUGCCCCAGCCCUCCCGCCCCUGGUUCUGUCCACACAGCCCUGCGUGUAACUGCAUUCCGACCACUAAUAAAGUGCCUAUUGAACAGA